AUGAAGAUCUCUGCCUGCCUGCUUGCUGCUAUGCUUGGCCAGGCUAUCGCCUUACCAGCUAGCGAGAAGCGAGCUCCCGCUCCGGACCGCGCCCGUGCCACCGCUGUCCGCGCUGCUUUCCAGACUGCCUGGUCUGGCUACUACAAAAAUGCCUGGCCUCAUGACACGCUCCGUCCGAUCAGCAACACAUAUGAGGACGAUCGAGCUCAGUGGGGUCUCACCCCGAUUGAUUCGCUUGACACUGCCAUUGUCAUGAACGACAAGGACAUUGUCAACACCAUCCUCGACUUUAUCCCCAGUGUCAAUUUCACGACCACACGCAAGCAGUACGAAACCAUUUCCCUCUUUGAAACUACCAUUCGCUAUCUGGGCGGUCUUCUCAGUGCCUAUGACCUGCUCAAGGGCCCUUACAAGCGCCUGGCCAACGACCCCAAAAAGGUCGACGCUCUGCUUACCCAGGCCGCCAGCCUGGCCGACACGUUAAGCUUCGCCUUUGACACGCCUAGCGGCAUCGCUGACGGCUAUCUGGUGCUGAACCCGACGCGAAGUAUCAGCGGCCGCUCUAGCAGCAACUUGGCCGAGGUUGGCACCUUGAUCCUCGAGUGGACGCGCCUCAGCGAUUUGACCGGUAAUCCAAAGUACGCGAAGCUCGCUGACAGGUGCGAGGCGCACUUGCUCGCGCCCAAAGGCAGCCCUGAGGCUUGGCCCGGCCUGGUCGGUACUGACAUUAGCACCAAAGACGGCUCGUUCCUCAACAGCCAUGGCGGCUGGUCUGGAGGUGAUGACAGCUUCUACGAGUAUCUCAUCAAGAUGUACGUCUACGAUCCCAAGAGCUACGGCCUCUACCGUGACCGCUGGAUCGCCGCCGCCGACUCCACCAUCGAGCACCUCGCCUCGCACCCGACCUCCCGAAAAAAUCUCACCUUCCUCAACCAGUUCAACGGCCAGACCACAGAAUCAGUCACUGGCCACUUGACUAGCUUUGCCGGUGGCAACUUUAUCCUCGCCGGACUCGUUCUUAAGGAGGACAAGUACACCAGAUUCGGCAUCGAGCUCGCCGAGUCGUAUUUUGAGACCUACACGGCGACGACUAGCGGCAUCGGACCCGAAACCUUUCGUUGGGUCGACGCCGCCAACCCCAACGGCCGACAGCCUCCCGCUGACCAAGCCGACUUUUACGCCAAGGCUGGCUUCUGGGUCGACGGCGCCGACUACAUCCUGCGACCCGAAACCGUGGAGUCACUAUACUACGCCUACCGCGCCACCGGCGAUAAAAAGUACCAGGACCUCGCCUGGAAGGGGUUCAACGCCAUCGUCAGCAAGUGUCGCGCUGGCAGUGGCUACUCGGGCAUACGCGACGUCACCAAGGCCAACGGUGGCGGCUUCGACGACUUUCAGCAGUCUUUCUUUUUGGCGGAAACUCUCAAGUACCUGUAUCUCAUCUUCGUCGACGACACUCCGGUCCAGGUCAAGGCUGAUGGCCGCAACCAGUUUGUCUUUAACACGGAGGCGCACCCUUUCAAGGUCCGAGGCUAG